UUCGUUGUUUCUCGCGAUUUCGGCAUCAUUUUCACCGCUUGACGGCUCCGCUUCUCCUUUUUUCGACCCCCGAAGUGGUUGUUUCUCCAUACUGGCUGGUGUUUUGUUUCGAUCCGCCGCCUCGACGGCCUCGCGGCGACGGUCUUGGUAGGCGACAUCCUGUGCUGCAGCAGGAGGUUCAGGUCGUUUCGGGCCGUGAAAGAUGUUUGUUCCUGCGUGAAAGUUUCUUUUCUUUCCGAGUACUCGUCUCGUGCAUCCACGUUCGUCUUCUUCUCUGCGCAGGCUUCACCCUUCCGCUUCGCCGUUCCACGCGCAUGCAGCCGUGAUUCUUCCCGCAGCCUACCGGGGAAAGCCUCGUUCGAAUCGGCCCUUGAAAAACGCUGCAAGUUGCCCAGCGCGCUGGAGAGCCUUUUCUUCUUUCUUCCUGUCCGUUAUUGUUUCUCGUCGGUUCCUUGCGCGCGCCUCGUCGCUCGCACUCCUCUGCGGGGCCUCUGGCUGUGCCGCAGCGCUCCGUCGCGCCGCGUUUCGGUUCCUGUUCGAGACAAGAUGCCGAAGAUCCGAACACUCGGCCGCAACAAAAAGCCUCCUGAGGGUUGGGAGUUGAUUGAGACGACCUUGCUCGAGUUGAAUCGCAAAAUGCGAGAAGCCGAGCUCGAGCCUCACGAGGGAAAGCGAAAGUGUGAAUCUGCCUGGCCGAUCUUCAAGCUCCACCACCAGCGGUCCAGAUACAUUUACGACUGCUACUACAAACGGAAGGCCAUCUCCAAGGAACUGUAUGAGUACUGCCUCCGAGAAGGAUACGCGGAUGCCAAGCUCAUCGCGAAGUGGAAGAAGGCCGGGUACGAGAAACUCUGCUGUCUUCGCUGCAUUCAGGCAGGCGAUCAAAACUUCUCGACGACAUGCAUCUGUCGCGUCCCCAAAAACUGUCUCGCCGACAACCAACAGAAGACUAACGCGUUUUCUGGAAAAUGCGUAGGCAGCAAACUCAAAUAGCGAUGCAGGUGUGGAGGAAGAGGCGAAAGACCUGCACGAUUCACCCGUCUGUUGGACAGACUUGCGAGAGCGUUGAAGGGCGGCUGAGGCGAGGCUCGGCUUAUAGACGAGUUGCGUGCUGUUCGCAGAACAUCCAGUGCGUCCACUGCGGGUGCAGAGGCUGUGCGAGUGGCGACUGAGUGCCUUGGCGGCUCCUUGCGUCUGCGAACGUCUUUCUUCGCUUCUGUCUAGUGGGCCAGCCUCCUCCAGUCCCUGUCUUCUUCAGAGAAGAUGGAAAAAACGCGUUUUUCCAACAGGAGCUGGAAACGCCCCGCCUCUUCAGAAGAUCAACAGCAGAGAAGAAGCUGUAAAAAAGGAACUGUCGGGAGUUCUGAAGAGACACUGGCCGCUUCAACGCGUUUUCGAAAGAAGAAACGCGACUAGGAAGACCCAAAAAGACGUUUCCUCUUUUCUUCCGUGUGUUUUCUCUGGGCUCACCAGCUGUCCGGCAGAGGCGGGAGAACGCCUCCAGCUCUCCAGAAGUCUGUUUUUUGUGCGAAGGGAAGAAGACCUUCUUCCGUGAGGGAAGAAAGAAGAGGUCUCAGCGAGCCGGAACUGUGCAAAUGCAUGCGUCUUUUCUCGCUCUGAAUCGUCGAGAGAAGAAGUAACUUUCCUGGACUUCUCUCUGGACGCAAUCUCACACUCUUUGUCGAUCUCCCGUCCUCACGUAACUCUCUCUCGUUACCCUGGCAGUCUGUGUGCCUUGCAAACGCGAACUGCUUGCCACUGUUGAACAUGUAUGCCGAGAAAUCCUCUUUGUUGUGCGUGUAACGACACUUGAUAUGGAUAUCCGUCAACGGAUCGGAUAAAGAGAACCAUUUGAAGAAACGUCACCGGAAUCGACAGGCUCUGCAACGCCUGGCAUAUGCGGUUGUCUCUUUCGUGCUCCGCCCCCUCCUUUCCUCUGGUGAGUUCUCUUUUCUCUUUUGCUCUGUCUCUUGUUCUCCCGCCGUUGAACACUGUGUGACUUCCAGUGAUUGAGCGGUUCUGCUCCUGACUGCUCGUUCCUCGACUUUCUCUUUCGGCUGCUUCUGUCUAGCACAGUCGCGGGUCUGUCGCCGUGCGGUUCUCACUGGAGACGGCGCCUUCGUUCGUGUUCACUUUUUUUCGUUUCCUC